UGUCACUGUUGUUUUUACGACAUUUUGACGUCUCAUGUGAUCUUAUGCUGAGUAUAUAGACAAACGGCAACAUGGAAUCUAUUUGUUGUAUAUUUUACAUCAAAACAGUUCGGCUAUACGCAGGCUCCUGGUUGGUCAGCGGUCCUCUUGGGCAAACUUUGUGUAAACUGCGACCUUUUUUAUUGGAAAUUUUGACUGCCGUUUCAAUUCAAAGCCUGGUUCUGAUAGCAGUAGAUCGAUUUGGAGCUGUUCUAUUUCCCCUCCGUUCCCCGCCCAUCAGGGCAAAGCGAUGCCGGUUCCUUAUUCUCUGUAUGUGGAUCAUCGCCGUGGCAGCCUGGUGCCCAGACCUAUUCGCUUAUAAACUCGUAGAGUCUCCCAGUGGGCUGGCUUGUAAACUGCAGUGGAAAGACACAUUUGGAAAAUCUUCGUCUUCCCAAAACCACGAUGCAGCAAUGAUCGCUGUUUUCUGGUACGUUCCGUUGGUCCUCAUCGCCAUACUGUACUUUGCAAUUGCCAUAAAGAUCAAGUCCCAGAAGAUUCCGGGCGUGCAAUUGGAGAACGCAAGAGAAAAACGUUUGAGGAGAGAGAGAAGUGUUCUGAAGUUAUCCAUUGCCAUCGUGACAACGUUUGCAGUAUGCUGGCUGCCACUCAGUAUCUAUGUAUUGCUGAUUCUUUAUUCAUCUGACGGUCUCAAUAUCAUGUCAACCUGUGCUUUCCGAUAUUUCGCAAGUGUAGCUUUUUUUCUAGCUCGCUCUUAUUGUGGUAUAAACCCGUGUGUUUGUUUCAUUUUCAGUCAAAAUUAUCGUCAAGGUCUCAAGAAUCUCUUCGGCCGCUUCAGGGUUAAUAAAAACGUAUCGUAAUUGCGCUCCGGCCUGUUCUAUGUUGUUUUAUAAUUGAUUUUCAGAUUAGAACUCAUUUAGAAUCUGAGAGCUAGAUUGAAAUGAGAUCCUUUCUUAGAAUCAUCAAAACGAAUUUUGUUCAAAUGAUCGUUCGCAGGCUGUUUGUGACAACAAAUAAUUGUAAAUAAAGACCUGACCAAGCAGUGGUUCAAGGCGAAACUGAAAUCUAAAUUGUAAACAAUAUCCAUUUCAAACCUAUUUUGUAAAACACCUUGAUUAUAGCUGUCAUUUAAAGCACGGAUAAAGUUUCAAUCAUUAUGGGGUUUCUUUAGAAACUUUGUACAUCAAUGUAUACCUUUUCUUGACUGUGGCUGAACUGUCAUCUACUGUAUAAAUUUCUGGUUCAUGUAUUUUGUAGAUUCUUCUUGGGUGCUUA